AUUCUCGAUCCUCACGCUGCUGGCAUGUCCUUCAUGUCCUUCACGUCCUUGUGCGCGGUCUACGUGUUUCGAAAUGAUUGCUCGUGUACGUCAAAUUUGGUGAUCAUGCUCGCAACACACGUAAAUGACCAGUAGGCCUGAAAAGUAAAAACCGAUCCCACGUACAUUUAAUCCAAGAUGACAGACCAAGGUGGAGCUGAGAGCAUGGACACCGUUGAUACAGUCGUUACCAUCGAUGCAGGUGCGCAGGGAGACUCUGCUGAUGUAGAUGGAGUUGAAGUUAUUGAUCCAGUGGCAGAGAAAGCUACAAUGGAACUGAAAACCCAAGCCCUGCAGAAUCCCAAAGUCUUGGCAGCAUUGCAGGAUCAUCUAGAGAACCUGGUUGGUCAACGCAGUGGAUACAUUGAAAGUUUACCUAAAGUUGUUAAGAGACGGAUCAAAGCUCUGAAGAAUUACCAAGUAAAGUAUACUCAGAUGGAGGCUAAAUUCUAUGAGGAAGUUCAUCAGCUGGAGUGCAAAUAUGCCAAGAUGUAUGAAGGACUCUUUGAAAAGAGGAGAGAGGUGGUGACUGGUGCCGUUGAGCCUACAGAUUCUGACUGUGAGUGGGAAAGCAGUGAUGAAGAAGAGGAAGACACAGAUGAAAAAGUAAACACUUUGGCUGGUGAUCUUAAGGACAAGGCUAAGCUAGAUGAAGACAAAGAAGAAGAAUCUGCAGCUGGUAUUCCUGACUUCUGGCUGACUAUCCUGAGAAAUGUAGAGACUCUUUCAGAUAUGAUACAAGAUCACGAUGAAGCUAUUCUAACCCACCUGGAGGAUAUUAGAGUCAAGUUUCAUGAAGGUGUACAAAUGGGUUUCACAUUAGAGUUCCAUUUUUCACCUAAUGAUUCGUUCACCAACACCGUCCUGACUAAGAGUUACCAGAUGAGAUCAGAGCCUGAUGAGAGUGAUCCAUUCAGCUUUGAAGGACCAGAGAUUAUCAGCUCUUCAGGGUGUACAAUUGACUGGAAGAAAGGCAAGAAUGUAACCAUGAAACUUAUCAAGAAGAAACAGAAGCAUAAAGGCAAAGGAACAACCCGUAUGGUCACCAAGACAGUACAGAAUGAUUCCUUCUUUAACUUCUUUAGUCCUCCAAAAGGCCCAGAAGAAGGUGCUGAAGUUGAUGAAGAAACGGAGAACCUUCUAAGUGCUGACUUUGAGAUUGGCCAUUUCAUUCGAGAACGCAUCAUCCCUAGAGCAGUCCUAUACUUCACAGGAGAAGCAAUCGAAGAUGAUGAGUAUGAAGAGGAAGGAGAGGAGGAGGAUGCGGAAGGUGAAGAAGGUGAUGAAGAAGAUGAGAAUGAUCCCGAUUAUGAUCAUACUAAGGAUAGUAAGCCCCAAGAGUGUAAAUCACAAUAAACAAGUCACUAGUCACCACAGCGUUCAUCAUAAGGUUCUGUACAAUUGACUAACACAAGUCUACUCCUGUACAGAGAGGUAACCAACAUGUCCCAUACAGUAGAAUCAUAUAAAACAGGCAGUCAUCUCAAAAUGGAGUAACACCUUUCAGCCUCGAGUGAUGGGUCUGUAGGUAUCAAGAAUCCACAAACCGUUUAUCAUGUUACUGUUUGUGGAUUCAUUUGGACGUUCAUAUUUUUCAUUUUUACCUCUAUCAAAGAGAAGGUUCAACUCUGGUUUGUAAACUUCAUGAAGAAAUGUCAUAACUUAAUAAUGUAAACAAAACAGACUGGAAUGUCGUGUUAUAUGUAGGCUUAUGAUCAAUUGGCAGCAACUGUUUGGUUUGGCUUAUAGAGUUUGUAUUUUUGUACAACAUGAAGGGACUGAAACGGAUAGAUAUGAACGACUCCUGUAUCAAUAUAGAAAGGUUUGCAAAAACACCAUGUAAUGACUAUCUCUAAUGAGUUGUGGUGGUUCUGAAAAGAACCGUUGGUAUCAACUCGGCGUUUCAAUUAGUAUGUUCUGAUCGUCUUCUGGAGAAAGCUGGACUCUGAUGCUGCAUGCUGCUUAAAGGCAGUGGACACUAUUGGUAGUU